UCUCUCUCUCUCUCUCUCUCUCUCUCUCUCUCUCUCUCUCUCCUGGCUCACAGGCAAAAUCUGGUGUUCAUCAAUCUGGGCAUCUCUAUUUCAGCUGAAUCAAUCAAAUCAUUUAUGUGUGGUCAUGGGAAAUUGGGGUUUCUUCUUCAUGUCCACCAUGUGUUUGAUAAUUCUCCUCUCCCCGGAAAACUCCUCCGCCAGCGUGCAAAACACCGGAAAAUUGGAUCCGGGAUUCAAAGGAUCUCCAAUGUACUGGAUAGACAAUGAUGGGUUGUUCUUAUUAUCCAAUACCUCCAAUUUCGCUUUCGGUUUCACCACCACCAAAGAUGUCACUCUCUUUCUGCUUGUUGUUCUUCACAGAAGCAGCUCGACCAUUGUUUGGGCUGCUAACAGAGCUUCCCCUAUCAGGAAUUCAGACAACUUUCAUUUCGACGCCACUGGAAACGCUUACCUAGAGAGCGCUGGAUCCACAAUUUGGUCCACAGACACCGCUACCAAAGGAGUUUCCACAAUGGAAUUGCUCGAUUCUGGAAAUCUUGUUCUGGUUAAAGAUGAUGGCACUAUAGUUUGGCAAAGUUUUACCAAUCCCACAAAUACCCUUCUCUCAAAUCAAGAAUUCUCCCAAGGGAUGACACUAAUCAGUGAUCCUAGCUCGAAUAACUUGACCUAUUCGCUCGGGAUUAAAUCCGGUGACAUGAUUCUCUCGGCGGGGUUUCAGCCCCCGCAACCCUAUUGGUCGAUGGGGGGAGACAGACGAAGAACAAUCAAUAAAGGCGGCGGUGAAGUCAGUUCUGCUAUUCUCACCGCCAAUUCUUGGAAAUUUUUCGAUCCAAACAAGGUCUUACUUUGGCAGUUCAUCUUCUCAGAGGGCACUACUAAUGCAAACUCAACUUGGGCAGCUGUAUUAGGCGAUGACGGCUUCAUCACUUUCACCAUGCUCGAAGGAGGCUCCUCAAAUCCCUCCUCAACGAAAAUACCCGAAGAUCAAUGCAGCAGCCCCGCAGCUUGUGAUCCUUACUAUGUCUGUUCUUCAGGCAACAAGUGUCAAUGUCCACCCGAACUUCCUUCUUGCAAGUCGUUGACUUUGACUUCGUGUAAUAAGUCAACAGAUUCCGCCGAGCUUGUGAGUGGAGGUGAUGGUUUGAGUUACGUCGCCCUCGGAUAUGUUCAGCCCUUCUCCAAAACCACCCUAGACGGCUGCAAAGAUUCCUGCCUUAAGAAUUGCUCGUGCGGUGCUAUGUUCUUCGAAAGCAGUUCGGGAAAGUGCUUUAUGUUUAAUGAAAUAGGAAGCAUGCAAGGUUCCGUAGACAACGGGGCUGGCUUCACUUCCUAUUUCAAAAUCUCCUCCACCGCCGCUGUCGCCGGUGGUGGUGGAAGUGGCGGCAAUAAACAUUUCACGAUAGUCAUCAUAAUCGUCGUUGUGACAGUUAUCGUUAUAUCGUGUCUGCUUUUCGCCGGAUUUUAUUUCUACCGGAAGAGCAAGAAGGUUCCGGAAAGUCCUAAAGAGAGUUCCGAGGAGGAUAACUUCUUGGAAGGUUUAUCUGGAAUGCCGGUCCGUUUCACGUACAAAAAUCUUCAGACAGCAACGAACAACUUUGUAGUGAAACUCGGACAAGGAGGGUUCGGUUCGGUUUAUGAGGGCGCCCUCCCAGACGGAACCCGUAUAGCCGUUAAACAAUUGGAGGGUAUCGGACAAGGCAAGAAAGAAUUCCGCGCGGAGGUGAGCAUCAUAGGUAGCAUACACCACCUCCACCUCGUGAGACUCAAAGGCUUCUGCGCAGAAGGGAGCCACCGCCUUCUUGUGUACGAGUACAUGGGGAAUGGUUCGUUAGACAAAUGGCUUUUCAAGAAAGACAAAGGAGAAGAGUUCAUGUUGGAUUGGGAUACGAGGUACACUAUUGCAGUGGGGACCGCAAAAGGGCUGGCUUAUCUGCACGAGGAUUGCGAUGUUAAGAUAGUCCAUUGCGAUAUAAAACCCGAAAACGUCCUUCUUGACGAUCAUUUUAUGGCGAAAGUUUCUGAUUUUGGCCUUGCUAAGCUCAUGACUAGAGAGCAAAGCCAUGUUUUUACAACUAUGAGAGGUACGAGAGGAUACCUUGCACCCGAGUGGAUAACAAACUACGCAAUAUCGGAGAAGAGCGACGUUUACAGCUACGGAAUGGUGCUUCUAGAACUAAUCGGGGGUCGGAAAAAUUACGAUGCUGCCCUUAAUUCCGAAAAAUCACAUUUUCCUUCGUAUGCGUUCAAGAUGUUAGAGGAGGGGAAAGUGAAGGAGAUUAUUGAUGCGAAGAUGAAGAUAGAAGAAGAAGAUGAAAGAGUUGAUAUAGCAAUCAAAGUUGCUUUGUGGUGCAUACAGGACGAUAUGUAUCUACGUCCGCCGAUGACUAAGGUGGUGCAAAUGCUGGAAGGGCUGAGUGUGGUGCCACCACCUCCGACAGCUUCUCAGAUCGGGUCCCGCCUUUACUCGAGUUUCUUCAAGUCGAUCAGUGAGGAGGGGACUUCAUCUGGACCAUCGGAUUGUAAUAGCGAUACUUAUCUAUCUGCAGUUCGUCUUUCUGGUCCUAGAUAACACUUGCUUUUGGGGGGUGUUUGUGUUAUGUUAUAUAUAUAUUAUUGUGGGUUGUCUGUAAAUCGGUUAGGUUGAUAGUAGAAAUUUUGUAAUGGAAAAUAGAUGCUGUGUCUGUACUUUUGUAUUCUUGAUCUGUAUAUCACAGAGUUUUGAGUUGUUUUAGCAUCAUCUUCAGUUUUACUUGUAUUCUUCCAGUGUCAUUGGCUUAAAUUAAUAAACAAAUGACACUAUUUUUUAUUA